GCCGCUGCCGCCGCCGGCAUGGAAGAGGCAGCGCGAGCCGCGCCCGCCGCCCGGACCCAGCCUGCCCGGCGGGGCGUCGCAGCGCGGAGGUCGGGGGCGCCUCCUCCGCCCGCCCCUUGAGGCCGCCCCGCCGGCUCCGCCAGGCAUGGCCCGCUCCCUGCUGGGGCUGCUGCUGGCCGCCGCCGCCGCCGCCGCCCUCCUGGCCCGGGGGAGCCGCGCCGAGUCCCCAGGUGCAGAAUCCCCUCAGGGGCCCGAUCCUGGCUACGAGGACCAUGAGGUGGUGUACCCGGUGCGGGUGGACGAGAGAGGCUCCUUCCUGUCCUACAACCUCUCCCACCGCCUGCUAUCCAAAAGGGCCACUUUUGCACGGAUUCGCCCCGGGACCUUCUACAGCCUCUUUCACGAAGGGCAGCAGCUGCGAUUCAACCUGAGCCUCAACCUUCACCUCUUGGCGCCCGGUUUUGUUACUGAAAAACGGCACGGAAGCGUCUCCCGGGCCAGGAUUCGAGCCUCCAGGCGGAACCCGUGUCAUAUGAUCGGGUCCGUCCAGAACCAGGACAAAGGAAGCGGGCUGGCGGCCCUCAGCACGUGCGAUGGGCUGAAAGGCAUUUUUCAUCUGGCUGGCCAAGAUUUCUUCAUUGAGCCACUAGCUCCCAGCAACCCGAGGGAGGGCGCAGCUCAGCCACACAGGAUAUCUCGACGCCACGUUUGGGAGCACGAAGCCGAAGAGUUUAUUUCGGUCCUGAGCACGAAAGGAGCCAGGAAGCAGCCAGCUUCUGUCAGGAUGUGUGGGGUGCAAGGAGAUGCCAAGGGCUCAGAGAUGUGGAGAGAACAUUGGGAGGAAAAGCAACAGAGGAAACGUCGAAUCAAGCCUCGCUCUGUCAGUAAGGAGAAGUGGGUGGAGACCCUGGUUGUGGCUGACACCAAGAUGCUGGAGUACCACGGCAGCGAGCACGUUGAGAAGUAUGUCCUGACAGUCAUGAACAUGGUGGCUGGUUUAUUCCAUGAUGCUAGCAUUGGGAACCCGGUCCACAUUUCUAUUGUGCGUCUUAUCUUACUGGAAGAUGAGGAGGAGGAUCUGAAAAUCAGCCACCAUGCCGACAACACCUUGAGAAGUUUUUGCAAGUGGCAGAAAGCCCUCAACCCCAAGGGGGAUGCUCACCCCCUACACCACGAUGUCGCCAUCUUGCUCACCAGGAAGGAUCUCUGUACUGCCAUGAACCGUCCGUGUGAGACGUUGGGCCUGGCCCACGUCUCUGGCAUGUGCCAACCACACCGCAGCUGCAACGUGAAUGAGGACACGGGUCUUCCACUGGCCUUCACCGUGGCCCACGAAUUGGGACACAGUUUUGGGAUUCAGCACGACGGCAGCGGCAAUGACUGUGAGCCAGUUGGGAAAAGGCCUUUCAUCAUGUCUCCGCAGCUCCUGUACGACACUUCGCCCCUCACCUGGUCUCUCUGCAGCAGGGAAUACAUCACACGCUUCCUUGACCGGGGCUGGGGGCUUUGUCUGGAUGAUCCCCCAGCCAAGGAUGUGAUCAACUUCCCCUCGGUUCCACCAGGAGUCCUCUAUGAUGUCAGCCACCAGUGCCGACUCCAGUAUGGCGCCUACUCCACCUACUGCGAUGACAUGGAUAGUGUCUGCAACACCCUCUGGUGCUCUGUGGGGAACACGUGUCAUUCCAAGCUGGAUGCAGCUGUCGACGGCACCAAGUGUGACGAGAACAAGUGGUGCUUCAACGGAGAGUGUGUAAGCGUCGGGUACCGUCCAGAACCUGUCCACGGAGGCUGGGCAGCCUGGAGCUCCUGGACGGCCUGUUCCCGGACUUGUGGGGCUGGAGUGCAGAACGCAGAGCGACCAUGCAACAAUCCUGCCCCCAAGUAUGGCGGGAAAUACUGCCUGGGAGAACGGAAACGCUUCAGGAUCUGCAAUGCCCAGCCGUGUCCGGCAGACGAGCCUACUUUUCGGCAGAUCCAGUGCAGCCGUUUUGACCACCGGCCCUACAAAGGGAAGCUUUACAAGUGGAGCCCAGUCCCCAAUACCAGCAACCCUUGUGAACUGCACUGUCGACCCAACAAUGAGUACUUUGCUGAAAAGCUUCGUGACGCUGCCAUUGAUGGAACCCCAUGCUAUGAAGGGAACAGCAGGCGGGACAGGUGCAUUAACGGGAUCUGUAAGAACAUUGGUUGCGACUACGAAAUUGACUCCUACACUGUGGAGGACCGGUGUGGUGUGUGCCAGGGGGAUGGAUCGACGUGUCGGACAGUGAAGAAGACCUUUGAGGAGAGUGAGGGGCUGGGUUAUGUUGAUGUUGGCCUGAUCCCGGCUGGAGCACGUGAGAUCCAGAUUGAGGAGAUGGCCGAAGCAGAAAACUUCCUGGCUUUGAGAAGUGAAGACCCCAAGAAAUACUUCCUGAAUGGUGGCUGGACCAUCCAGUGGAAUGGUGACUACCAGGUGGCUGGGACCACCUUCACCUACAAGAGAAUGGGAAACUGGGAAAACCUGACUUCUCCAGGGCCCACAGAAGAACCGAUUUGGAUUCAGCUCCUGUUUCAAGAGAAGAACCCAGGUGUUCGCUAUCAAUACACCAUCCAGCAGGAGUCCAAGAAUCAGAGUUUGGUUGCUCUUCCUGAGUUCUUCUGGCACUAUGGACCCUGGACAAAAUGCACAGCUACCUGUGGGACAGGGGUCCAGAGACAGAUGGUGCGUUGCCUUGAGAAAGCCGCUGGGUUUGUGGAGGAGCAGUACUGCGAUGCUCUUAGCCGGCCUGAUGACAAGCAAAGGAAUUGCAACAAGGAACCAUGUCCAGCCAGGUGGUGGGCUGGUGAGUGGCAGGCAUGUUCGGCCACUUGUGGUGACUCUGGACUGAUGAAGAGGACUGUCCUCUGUAUUCAAAGUGUGGCCCUGGAUGAGCAGCAGGCUCUACCACCCGACAAAUGCCAACAUCUCACCAAGCCAGAGACCACAGCUGCUUGCAACCGCGAAGUCCUCUGCUUGGCACUGUGGGUCACGGGCAACUGGUCAAAGUGCUCAGUAACCUGUGGGAAAGGGACCCGAAGGCGCCCCGUUUUCUGUCCCACUGACACCAGAGCCAAGUGUGAUCCAGCAGAAAAACCAGCCUCCGAGGCCGACUGCUGGGGCUCAGCCUGUUGGAAUCGGAUGGAGAACAGUGUUCCCGACUGGUCUGGAAGUGGCUCUUCAAGCCAGGAACUGUUUAAUGAAAUUGAUUUCAUCCCCAAUUAUCAUGCCCCCAAAUUUAGUCCUUCAGCUCCCAAAUCUGAAAAUGUUAUUACAGAGGAAGUUCUUCUCCCCAACAACCAUAAGAAGGGAAACGUGUUUGUGGAUGACUUUUAUUAUGAUUAUAAUUUUAUCAAUUUUCAUGAGGACUUGGCCUAUGAGCUGGUUGAGGAAAAGAACAGUAAAAGGGAAGACUUGAAGCCCAACUUUGGGGUCCAGAUUUUUCACACGAUGGAGGCGGAUCCCCAAGAAACACUUCCUGAUCUUCCUCCCACCACAGGCCUGGAAGUCAAGUUGGCGAAUCAAGGCUCCACAUCUCCAACUGUUGGGCAGGAAUAUGAGAAGGAGCAUGAUGAUGUUCAGGACAGUAGCACAACUGGCGCUUUGCAAGAUCCCUUCCUUACCACAGUUGUCACCAGCUCUUCUGCUUCAGUUCAUCAGGAAAGCUUCCAGCCAUCCCUUUCAGAAGAUCAUCCUUCCACUUCGACAGUGAGGUCUCCUCCUUUGGGGAGCAACAACCAUGUAUUUGGUGGUGCUACUCAAGAACCUCCUUUUACAAAUACUUUUUUGACAGAUAGCAUCUCAAAACCUGAUUCCUCCAUCAGCUCUCCUUCCUUGGAUGUACUUACUCCAACAAUGUCUUCUGCCCAGGACAGUUAUCACAGCACAGAAAAUCCUGGCAGGAGGAGGCAGGACCCCAAGAGUCCAGAACUCAGUGAUAGCAGCGAUCAUGAUUUAUGGAAAAUGGUGGAAGAAACCAGCAGAAAGCAGAGCAAUAGAGACAGAGCCAUUGUCAAUGGCGAAGGUAAUAUGGAUACUGCUUAUACAGUGAAAGAAAAUCUGAUAAAUACUUUUGCUACAACAACUGCAAGAAUAACUGGGGCGCCCCACCAUCUUGCCCAUCAUCUCUCUGCUUCUACUGAAGCCUCCUGGGCUGUUUCUGUUCUGGAUGCAGAGAUGAGUAGCAUCUCAGGACGUGACCUUCUCAAGGAGGCCCCCUCGCUCACAACUGAGCUUCCAUCAGGGACAUCUUCCUCCACUUCCGCAUACCAAUUGUCUGGAUCCAGCAAAAAGGCACAAAUGCUUCACCAUCCAGACACUCUGACACCACAGAUAGCAACCGAAUCGAACUCUUUGGAUCGGAUCUCAUCUUUUCCCAAUUUUUCUCCCUCUGCAUUGCUUCCUUCAAACCAGAAGCAAUCUAAUAAGAUUGAGACAGAUUUGGAGACUAAGCCUAUACCUUCCACUGAGGACCGGGAAUUCUCCAGGGACAGAAGUGAAAGUACACCUCCCCUUGUGCCAACUGCCAGCAGUGAAGGAGAUGCUGGGCCUGAGGUCAAACUUCAGGAACCUGAAGAGAAGAUGGUCUCUUCUGUAGCUUCUCCUGCUGCUGUAAUAGCUGCUCUCAAUGCUAGCUGGGAAGCUGGAAAUUGGAGUGAGUGCUCUACAACCUGUGGCCUUGGGGCUGUUUGGAGGGUUGUGCACUGCAGCACCGGAAAUGAGAACGACUGUGACGUGACUAGAAAGCCAGCUCCUGCCCGGCGCUGUUACCUGAGACCGUGUUCCAAGUGGCACGUUGGAAAAUGGAGUAAGUGCUCCAGGACCUGUGGAGGAGGUGUGAAAGUUCGGGGCAUCCACUGCAUUGACACACGCGGCCAGCGACCUCUGCGACCCUUUCACUGCCAGACUGCCUCCUACAAGCCUCCAGCGCAGUUGCCAUGCCACACCAAGCCGUGUCUGAGCUGGUACACUUCUACCUGGAGAGAGUGCUCUGAGCUGUGUGGAGGAGGCGAGCAAGAGCGCCUGGUGACGUGUCCCGGAAUGGGGAGGUGUGACCCAGCCCUCCGGCCAAACAGUACAAGACCGUGCAACACCCAGCCCUGCACCAAGUGGAGAGUGGGAUCUUGGGGGCAGUGCACGGCCACGUGUGGCCAGGGCAUCCAGAGGAGGCAAGUGAAGUGCCUGAACACAAAGACUGGACAGGCAGAAGAAGACAGUAGCUUGUGUGAGCACGAACCCUGGCCAGAGAACACCCAGAGAUGCAGUUCCCAGGACUGUCCUGCCAGCGAAGCAAGCUUCAUCUGUGAGCGGGACCGCCUCUCCUUCGGCUUCUGCCAGACCCUGCUGUGGCUGGGAAGGUGCCACCUCCCCGCAGUCAGUGCCCAGUGCUGCCAGACCUGCCACCCACAUGGCCUGCUCCAUCGGGAUCGUGGCGAUGAGCGCUCCUCCAGGAAGUGAACACCUCUGUGCCCAGGAACCUCUGGUGGGUGAGAGCUGGAGAAGACCCACUUCAGCCAGCCAGCUCUUCCGUCCGCUCAGAAACCAUCCAAUAUUUUCCGCCUGGCAUGGUGCUCAAUCCCGUGGCUGAGCUGUGCUCCAACUGUGCUCGAAGAGAAGCCUUGCAACCACAGCGCAGGAGGGAGCUGGCGGGGGCGAAUGCAAUCUGGCCCCGGGAAAGCAGCUUUUGGAAGCCACCUCAGAAAUCUCUCUGGUCUACAGUUGGUCAUAGUCACUCAGUGUUGGCAGGCCAGCACAAACUCCUGAGGAGUGAUUUUUAAAAAAAGAAUAAAACCAACUAUUUUUAUAUUUUAUGCAAAUGAGCAUGUAGCAUUCCACAGAAUGUAAUUUGAUCAAUUGGUUAUGUUAUAACUACAAAGAUUUUUCUUGCUAUGGGUGUGAGGAGCUUCAGACAGUGAAGUUAAAUAUCCUGGUCUGGCUGUGUGUGCAUGCAUGCACACACACACACACACACACACACACUGUUACUGCUCAAGACGGUCAGGUGUUUCUAGUCCGUCCAGCUUUUUGGGCAGGUUAGUAGCUCCUCCAGCAGGGCUGGCAGUCCUGUGCCAACCUGCUCUGCCAUCUGGUGCCACCUGAGAGUUGCAAGCCAAAAGGAUGCCUGCAGCUGGUGCAGGACAACCUGCCCAAGAUUGCCCAGGUGGAAACUUGUCUGACUACGCAACUGUUCUGCCUCCUUUCGUUGCACUUCCAGAAGCAUUAUUCAGUUUCCCUUGUGAACUAAGAACACUUGAUAUUGGAUCUACGUUUUCUGCAUUUGUAACUUACAUUGUUAGUCAUACUGGCAAAAAUACAUCUGACUCAAGAUUAUGUGUUUGCUUUCUUACUUGCACCUUGAAAUUGGAGAAAUGGUGCAGAAAUUCCCUUAAAAGUCUACACCGGCCACACAUCUAAACUUUGUGUAAUCUACAAAUAACAUAAAAGAUCACCCUGUUUUAAAGGAAGGAUGGCAUGGCUUUGCUUAUUGGUCUGUCUGGGAAGAGGGCUGUGAUUCCUUUGGGUCAAUCUGGACUCCUGGUGCCUGCAUGGGCUGGGCUGUGCAGUGUUUGUAGCAGGCUGUGGAAGCAAUUUGCCCUCGUUUCCUCUGGGAUGUGCUUUGACCCCCCUAUCUAGGGCUAAGAGAAAGGAACUGGCCUGUAGUCACCCUGCUGCCUUUGGUGCCCUAGACAGGGCUAGAACUCACGGUCUUCAGGGCCUUAAUCACGGGACCAAACUGGCUCUCAGCUGACUUGGCCAAGUUUUAAGACCACUUUAUCUGCUUCUGAAUACCGAAUGUCAUCUUCAUCCCAAGAUGAAAUUUCCCAAUCAACAUAUCAGAAAAACUAAAAAUUGAUUGGGAGAAAAGUAUUAUAAUACCUUUCUAAAUUUUUAAUGGCUAUAUCUCUCAAGUGUGUUAAACUGCAAUGGCAAAGUUACAUCUAAUUUUGUUGUACUUUUGUUUUUGGGUUAAAUUUUUAAAAUUGUA